ACACUCCCCCGGGCCGCCUCCCUCAUCUCCUCCACUAAAUCUUUUCAAUCUUCAUCUGUCAAUAUAACUCAGAACACGAAGGAUUAUUAAAUUCUUGUUAUUAGGUUUUGAUAUGGAGACUUCGAGGGAUUUAGAGAUUACAGUGAUCUCCGGGGAGGGGCUAAGAGUGGGGAAAAAGAAUGUUUUUGUGACGGUGAAAUCGGAGUUUUCAUGCAACGUUAAAGCGACGGGGGUGGAUAAGGAAGGAGGGAGUUUUCCGGCGUGGAACGAGAAAUUGGUGGUGGAUUUGCCCAUGCAUGCACGCUACGUGACGUUGCAGGUUCAAUGCAAGGCGUUUUCCGGCGUGAAAGUCGUCGGAGAAGCCAAGGUUCCGACCAAGGAUUUCGUCGGCGGCGGAUUUGUUCCCGAGAGUUAUUUGCGGUUCUUGAGCUAUAGGUUGAGGGAUAGGAAGGGGGAGAAGAAUGGGAUUAUUAAUAUCUCUGUUCGGGUGAAGAAUUCGCCGGAAAACGGCGCCGUUGCCAGUUGCUCGUCGCAGUACUCGCGGCGGCCGUGGACUGGGUUGCCGCCGGCGGCCGGGAAUCCUACUAAUGCCGGCGUUGUGACUGGUAUUCCGGUUUGGUGUAGCUAUCAAGUUUGAGUGGUUCUAGUUGGAUUGAAAUUCCAGAAUUGUAAAUAGAUGAAUAUUUGUCUCAUUUUUUUAAAAUUAUGGAGUAAUAAAUAUAAAAAAAAUUAUGAAUGAAUUUGGUUUCAUAUUUAUUUUAAA